UUUUGAAUGAAUUAUACAAUAGCGUCUUUAUAUAGCGCAGAAGAACAUGGAAAAAGUGGUUUGUUACAAACGAUAUCUUAACGUUUAUUCUAAAGUAAGGAAAUAUUUUGGACGUUUCUAGCAAUUGUUUUCGUAUUUAAACGCUUCAAAGAAAGAAACGUUGUUAAAUGACGAAGGGCGAAUUACAGUAAAACUAUUGGUACGUAGGAUAUAAGUUUGUGACGUUGUUUGAAACUGGAUCUAACUUAUACAUUAAUGGUUAUAUAAGAAGAAAAGAACAUGAAAGACAAGAACAGUUUAAAAUCUGCACCAAAGAUCGUGUUUUGGCUUUCUUUCUUCGUCAUUGUUUUUGCCUGCAUCACCAUCACGACCGAUUCUCUAGGAUACAAACUUCCGGUCCUGGUACCCGACAAUUACAAAUCUUCUUUCUUGCCUGGUUUCCAGUAUAGCCAGUUACCAGAAAAUAGAAGCGCGCAUAAUGUGAUUUCUAAAGUGGAAGCUACUCAAAGCACUGCCAACCUAUCCAGAGCACGUAAAAAUUUAACAACUCAUGUAGCAUUUUUAAAAGUACACAAGGCAGGAUCAACGACUAUGCAAAAUUUGUUUUUUAGAUUUGGAUUGAGACAUAAUUUGAAUAUUCUUCUUCCGAAGUCUGGAAACUAUCUUAAUGUAGCGUCUCAGAAAAUCCCCUUGAAACCUGGUGAACAUUACGAUGUCUUUGCAUGUCACACUGUAUACCGGAAGCAGUGGUUUGAUAGUCUACUUCCGGCUGAUUCGGUAUACAUCGGAAUUGUUCGUGAACCGGUGAGCAGAAUGAUAAGUUCAGCAUAUUAUUAUCGUGAUGUUUUUGGUGUCGGCUACUUGAAAAGAACACCGCAAGCUAAUUUCAUACACAAUCUUGUAAAUUUUCCUGAAAAGUAUGAUACGGGAUUUUUCUCCCAUACGAGAAACUCGAUGGGCAAAGAUUUUGGAUUUCAACGUGGUAUUCAACAGACAAAUAAAACUCAAAUCAAGAAAUACCUGGAUCAGUUGAAUUCACAGUUUUUACUUGUUUUAGUCAUGGAAAAAUUCGACGAAUCUCUAGUCAUGAUGAAAAGAGUUCUAAAUUGGUCAUUUAUUGACAUAAUAUAUUUGAAAACCAACUCACAUAAACAUAAUCCUAUUGUUUUGAACGCUACAGAAAAGGCAACAUUUAGAAGAACCAGUUUCUUAGACUUUGAAAUAUAUGAAUAUUUUUCUGAUGUUUUUGAAAAGAAAUUAAAUCAAACUGAGCUUGAUUUUUAUGAUGAAGUUGCAUUUUUUAAAACUCUGUUAGAUCAAGUAAGUGAAUUUUGCUUUAAAAAGAAUAAAAGUGAAACACUGGGAUUGUCAAUUCAACAAUCGAAAUGGGACGGAAAGUUUCAAGUUACAAAGUCAGACUGUGAAUGGAUGCAGACGAAGGAAAUAGCUUUUAUAACAAAACUCCGCAAGAAAUAUAUUCGGUGAGCUCAAAAACCUUUUCCUCUAAAACGACGGUAACUUACAUUUUCUUGGAAGAGAGUUACGCAAACCAGAGAGUUUACAAACAAGAGGAAAAUGUACCGCUCAACAAGGAUGUAUAAUAAAUCACAGCGUCAACAAAUCAUAACUAGCAUGAAUAAAUGCUUUAUGACACAUAUCUCAGCAAGUGAGACGCUCCUGUUGCUUUUUUUUUAAUCUACGGAAGAGUAUUAGGACUACAUUUGGGAGAAGUAAAAUACAUACUUUAUACUAUAGGGAAACGUUUCACAUAUAUUACGUUUAUGACAGGAAUGGUAUUACGUUUAUGACAGGUAUGAUAAAAAAGCUAUAUUUGGAAUGAGUUAGCAUAUGCGAAGGAAUUUCGAUCUCGAGUAUAAGCACAAAAAUAAAUGAACGAAUUGGACUAUUCGGCGAUUCGACUGAAAAGCACAGAAAAAAGCCGAUAAAAUUGAUCAAAAUUUGUAUGUUAAGUGGCUGGCUCCAUAUUACCUUCAUUUUAUUUUGAUCAAACUCUUAUAAACUAUAUGGCAGGUUCCAUAUUACAUUGAUAUCAUUUUGACCAGACCCAGUAUAUCAUGUCGCAGGUUCAAUAUUACAUUGAUUUCCUUUUUUAUCGUGCUUUACUGAUAUAUUAUAUCAAGUUGCAGGUUCCAUAUUACAUUGAUAUCAUUUUGACCAGACCCUGUAUAUCAUGUCGCAGGUUCAAUAUUACAUUGAUUUCCUUUUUUAUCGUGCUUUACUGAUAUAUUAUAUCAAGUUGCAGGUUCCAUAUUACAUUGAUAUCAUUUUGACCAGACCCAGUAUAUCAUGUCGCAGGUUCAAUAUUACAUUGAUUUCCUUUUUUAUCGUGCUUUACUGAUAUAUUAUAUCAAGUUGCAGGUUCCAUAUUACAUUGAUAUCAUUUUGAUCAGACUAUAUAUCAUGUGGCAGGUUCAACAUUAUAUUUAUAUCGUUUUUCAUUCGAUCCUAAAUAUCAUGUGGCAGGCUCAGUAUUACAUUCAGAUCAUUUUUUAUUCGACCAUACAUAUGAUGUGGCAGACUCAGUAUUGCAUUUACAUCAUUUUUAACUCAACAUUACGUUUCUAACAUUUUUGUUCGGAUCCAAUAUAUCAUGUGCCUUGCUCAGUAUUAUAUUUACAUGUAUAUCAUUUUUGAGUGGACCUUAUAUAUCAUGGGGCAAGAAUUACAUUGAUAUAUCAGUAUCAUUUUCUGAUCGGGCCCUAUAUAUAUAUAUAUAUAUAUAUAUAUAUAUCAUGUGGCAGGUUCCAUAUUACUUCGAUAUCAUUUUGAUCAGACCUUUAAUACAGGCUCAACAUUACAUUUAUAUAACAUUACAUUUAUAUAACAUUACAUUUAUAUAAUUUUUGAUACAUAUAUAUCAUGUGACAGGUCCUGUAUGACUUUGAUACAUUGGUACAGAUUCAAUGUUAUUUUCCUAAUGUUGACACAAACUACCUUAAUGUCAUAUCAGUUGGACGCGGCAUUACCUUGAUAAUGUUUAGCACAAUCUUCAUA